AUGGUUAGGGCUGAUGCUGCUGUGAACAUCAAGGUGCUUCAAAAUGCCACGGCCGCACACUUUGGGUUCAGGCCUACGUACAGGAGGGUAUGGAUGGCGAAGCAGAAGGCCGUUGCCGUCAUAUAUGGGGACUGGGACGAGUCGUACAAUGAGCUCCCUAGGUGGGUUUUAGGAGUUCAGCUGACGAUGCCUGGCACUGUAGCCGUCCUCAGGACUUGCCCUGUUCGAGUUGGGGGACAGGUUGACGAUUCUCAGGUUUAUUUUCAUAGGCUGUUCUGGACUUUCCCCCCUUGUAUCCAGGCAUUCCGUCAUUGCAAGUCUUUGGUGAGUAUUGAUGGCACCCAUUUAUAUGGGAAGUAUGGGGGAACACUGCUAGUCGCCAUUGCACAAGACGGAAACUCGAACAUCCUCCCCGUGGCAUUUGCACUAGUUGAGGGUGAGAAUGCUGAGUCAUGGUCUUUCUUUCUUUCCCACCUCCGUGAGCACGUGACACCUCAGCCGGGUCUGUUAGUUAUUUCAGAUAGGCAUAACGGCAUCAAGGCAGCCCUCGAGGCUCCGGAUGGGGGAUGGCUACCGCCUGCUGCGUACAGGGCGUUCUGCAUUCGACACGUUGCAGCGAAUUUUGCCUUGACGUUCAAGGGAAAAGAUGCCCGGAGGCUUCUUGUUAAUGCCGCAUAUGCCAAGACCGAGGUGGAGUUCGACUACUGGUUUGACAUUCUGCGCUCUGAGAAUCCGGCAAUGUGUGAGUGGGCGAACCGAAUCGAGUAUUCGUUGUGGACACAGCACUGUGAUGAGGGUCGGAGAUUCGGGCACAUGACGACCAAUAUUUCGGAAUGUGUCAACUCAAUCCUGAAGGGGGUUAGAAACCUCCCUGUUUGCUCGCUGGUUAAGGCCACAUACGGAAGGCUAGCUGAGCUAUUUGUCCGUAAGGGUAGGGAGGCAGAGGCUCAGAUGGGUACUGGACAACAAUUCAGUCAAUACCUAGUAAAGUGUAUCGAGGCCAACCUGAAGACAGCCAGGUGCUUCACGGUUACUGUUUACGACAGGGAUAACUCGGAGUACACCGUUGCUGAGACGACUCCGACAGGCUCAUUCUCUCUUGGUACGUACAGGGUCUCAUUAGGGUCCAAGACUUGUGAUUGUGGAUACUUCCAAGCACUUUAUUUUCCCUGUCCGCACGCACUGGCAUGCUGUGCUUAUUCACGGCUUACAUGGCAGCCUUACGUCCACGAGGUAUAUCGCCUUAGCUCCGUUUUUGGUGUCUACCAGAUGGGAUUUGCCCCUCCCAUUCCGGAGGGUUUCUGGCCACCUUAUCCCGGGCCUACCGUUAUACCGGAUCCGAGUAUGAGGCGUGCGAGGGAGGGUCGUCCUAGAUCCACAAGAAUUCGAACCAACAUGGAUGAAGCAGAUCCAAACCGGCCAAAGAGAUGUGGCCUCUGCAGGCAGCCAGGUCACACCAGGCGUAGUUGUCCACAAGCCGCAGGCCCCAGCGGGACUGAUGGAAAUCAGUAG